CAGAGAGAAGCGAGAGCAAAGCCAUCAUGAGGCUUUAUCAUUCACAUCUGUUUCUUCAGUGGACAUUUUCGUGACAACACCUGACAUUUACUCACAGAUGGCUCUUUAGACGGCAUUUUUCCACACUGCGUGUUCCGUGAGACUUACGGUAGGUUCGUGUGAACUGGACGUUGUCUGUAUGUCUGGGACCUUCGAUUAUAGACAAAUGAAAGGGACAUCAUCUGAAAAGUCAGUUUUUGCUUGGCAGCGUUUGACAUCGUAAACAUGGCUUUACCUGACAAUGCUAUUAGCCUUCCUGUCCAGGAACUGGCCUUUCCGGAAAUUAUCGAGCUGAACGUCGGGGGUCAGGUGUAUAUCACCCGCUACUCGACUUUAACAAGUGUGCCGGACUCACUUCUGUGGGAGAUGUUCAGCCAGAAGAGCACCGAGAGCUUGGCGCGCGACACCAAGGGUCGUUAUUUCGUCGACAGAGACGGAUUCCUGUUCCGUUAUAUUCUGGAUUACAUGCGAGACCGGCAGCUCGUCCUUCCGGACCAUUUCCCGGAGCGAGGACGGCUGCAGCGAGAGGCUGAGUUCUUCAACCUGCCUGAGCUUGUUAAGCUGUUGGCACCAAAGCUCAGCAAGCAGAACUCUCUGGGCGACGAGGGCUGCCAGAGCGACCCCGAGGAGCCCUCGCCAGGGGCCGACGUCGGGGCCGUUGCCUGCUCCAGCGACGGAAAGUGCUCCGGGUUCAUCACCAUCGGCUACCGGGGCUCCUACACUCUCGGCCGUGAUAGCCAAACAGACGCCAAGUUCCGGCGAGUGGCUCGGAUUAUGGUGUGUGGGAAAACGUCUCUCGCUAAGGAGGUUUUCGGGGAAACGUUGAACGAGAGCCGCGACCCCGAUCGCCCGCCUGAGCGCUACACGGCGCGCUAUUACCUAAAGUUUACUUUCUUGGAGCAGGCUUUCGACCGGUUAGCCGAUGCCGGCUUCCACAUGGUGGCCUGCAACUCCACGGGGACGUGCGCCUUCGCUCACGAGCAGACCGACGACAAAAUCUGGGCCAGCUACACCGAAUACGUAUUCUACCGAGGCAAUGCAUCCACGUCACCGUGCUUCAGGGAACCAGAUAUCGACAGAGCAGUGGAGGAGGCCAUAUAUAACCCAGAUAUAUCCAGUGUUUGUAGCCAGGAUGACACAAACAUUGCUCUUGACCUGGACAAUGAAUCUCUUUCGGACCCCCUUCCGCCUCUCCCUCCACCCCUGGAGAGCCCUGAGCCGCCUCUGCCCCGCGAGCCGAGCCCUCCUCCGCUUCCCGUGGUCAAUCCGGCACGACCCACCACUCUGUCUCUGAAAACACUGCCCCGGCCCACACUCAGCAGCACCGCGGCCUCCACCACCAGCGCCAUCACCAGGGAGAACGGAGGACCGCCGAGCAAAGACCCAGAAGAAGAGGAGAAGAAGCUGAUGGAGGAAGAGCUGAAGAAAUGCAUCGAGGAUUUCAGGAAAAUCCGCAUCCCAAAACUUUUCCCAGACCGCAAGAGACACUGGCAGAGUGAUCUGCUCAAAAAAUACAAUGCGUAAUACCGAUAAACCACCCUUCUGAAAACACCAGCAUUGUUUGGGUUCUGGGUCUGGUUGCACCAGCUAUACUGAAAGUAAAUGAUUUUGCCUAGUUGUGGCAUAAAGGUGCACUGCGGUUUACACAUUGUGUGAUUAAAUGACUUGUUAGAGACUCUUCAAUGGGAGCCUGAUCUAAACAGCGCACCUGUGUGGUUCACUCUGUGUUAUGCAUGCCAAAAAGUCUAAAUGCAUUUUUUUUGUGUCAGUAUUUAUUGCUCCUUAAUAAUUUCAAAUACAGUUCUUGAAUACUUC